GGGGUGGGGCCUACGUGAUCCGGCCGUGGGCGGGGAGGGCCCGGCGGCCCCCGGCAGGUGCGCGGGCCGGGAGGGCGAGGCCGUGGGCUCUCAGCGCUCUCCUGGUCCUGCUGCGCUCUCCUUUCAGCCCCGCCAUAACCUUCGGCCGAGACCAGACGGCGGCGCGGAGAGAGAGUGGAAGAAGCAAGUCCCCUACACUGACUUCCCUGAUUUAAGAAAGAAAGGUGCUCUUCACUCCUUCUGUUUAUCAGACUGCUUCUCCCAGGCCUUUCCAAAGCAGAUUUGAGGUGUAAAAAUCACAAAUGUCGUCCAGUGAUGGAAGAUGCAAGAUUCGGGACAGGCACUAUGAUGAGGUCCCAAGGGACUCACCCUAUCAAGAUGGCACCAUAGGAACCCUCCAGACUCUUCAUGACAGUGAGCUGGCCGUGAGCGCUGAUCCCUUGCCACCACCCCCUCUCCCAUUACAGCCACCAUUCGGCCCAGACUUCUACUCAAGUGACACAGAGGAACCGGCCAUAGCGCCAGAUCUCAAACCCGUAAGGCGCUUUGUCCCUGAGUCCUGGAAGAACUUCUUCAGAGGGAAGAAAAAGGACCUGGGAUGGGAUAAGCCGGUGUCUGACAUCAGAUACAUCUCCGAUGGAGUGGAGUGUUCACCUCCAUCCUCUCCAGCAAGACCAAACCACCGUUCACCCCCCAACUCCGACAAAGAUCCUUACGGAGGGUCAGAAGGAACCUUCAGUUCCCCGAAAGAGGCUGAGGCAAUGUUUCCCCACGACCCCUACGGUUCACUAGGCCGCCACACACAGACAGCCCGAACGUACAGUGAGAAGGUGGAGGAGUAUAACCUGAGGUAUUCCUACAUGAAGUCGUGGGCAGGCCUGCUGCGAAUUCUGGGUGUGGUGGAGCUGCUCUUGGGAGCUGGUGUCUUUGCCUGUGUCACGGCUUACAUUUACAAGGACAGCGAGUGGUAUAACUUGUUCGGAUAUUCACAGCCCUAUGGCAUGGGAGGCCUCGGUGGCCUGGGCAGUACGUACGGGGGCUAUUACUACAGUGGCCCCAAAACCCCUUUUGUACUCGUGGUUGCUGGAUUAGCUUGGAUCGCCACCGUUAUUAUUCUGGUUCUUGGCAUGUCCAUGUAUUAUCGGACCAUUCUUUUGGAUUCUAACUGGUGGCCUCUGACCGAAUUUGGAAUUAACGUUGCCUUGUUUAUUUUGUAUAUGGCUGCAGCCAUAGUCUAUGUGAAUGAUACCAACCGAGGGGGACUCUGCUACUAUCCAUUAUUCAAUACACCGAUGAAUGCGUUGUUCUGCCGGGUAGAAGGAGGACAGAUAGCAGCGAUGAUCUUCCUGUUUGUCACCAUGAUUGUUUAUCUCGUUAGUGCUUUGGUUUGCCUAAAGUUAUGGAGGCAUGAGGCAGCUCGGAGACAUAGGGAAUACAUGGAACAGCAGGAGAUAAGUGAGCCAUCGUUGCCAUCAAAAAGGAAAAUGUGUGAAAUGGCCACUGGUGUUGACAGACAGAGAGACCAAGAAGCUAAUUUCAAAGAAUUGAGACCAGCAAAAAUGAAGCCUGAGCUACUAAGUGGGCACAUUCCCCCAGGCCACAUUCCUAAACCUAUCGUGAUGCCCGACUAUGUGGCAAAAUACCCUGUGAUUCAGACAGAUGAUGAACGAGAACGCUAUAAAGCUGUGUUCCAAGACCAGUUUUCAGAGUACAAAGAGCUUUCUGCAGAAGUCCAAGCCGUCUUGAGGAAGUUUGAUGAGCUGGAUGCAGUGAUGAGCAGAUUGCCACGUUGUUCGGAAAACCAACAGGAACAUGAAAGAAUUUCAAGAAUCCAUGAAGAGUUUAAGAAAAAAAAGAAUGAUCCUACAUUUCUGGAAAAAAAAGAGCGCUGUGAUUAUCUAAAGAAUAAACUUUCUCACAUAAAGCAAAGAAUUCAAGAAUAUGAUAAAGUAAUGAAUUGGAAUGUACAAGGUUAUUCUUAACCUUGUUUGAAACCACUUUUUUUUUUUUAUAUUAAACUUACUAUUUAUUUACUGUCUUUUUCAUGCUAGUCUACGAUAGAGAAAAGCAUGUGCUUCCGGCAUCGGCUUUUAAUUGGUGUAGCCAGUCAGCCAUGUUAUGAUAGUAUGAUUCCACUUGACACAUUUCAAAACAGAUUCGGAUUUACCAAGGGUAAGAAAUGGUAUGUUCAUCUGUGUGCAUUUUAUAUUUAUCUUGUUAAAAGUAGCUUAGAGAUCAUACCCUUGCAGUGUGAUGGACACAAAGAGUAUCAAUUCUGGUGCCGCAUUUUCCUUUUUCACUCAGGCCACGCCUGGGAUUUCUCUAGGACACAUUUCUCUUCCAGCCCAAGUGUGAUUUCUUCUCUUGAAAGGGAUUUGAAUCUGAGAUCCACAUUUUUAAGUCUUAUGAUCUUGGGCAAGUUCCUUAAUCUCUCUGUGCCUAUUUUCUCGUCUGUAAAAAUGGAGCUAAUAAUAGUGCCUCCCUUGUAGGGUUGUUAUGAGGAUUAGAUGAGUUAAUAUUUGUAAAGCACUUAGAAUAGACCCUGGCACAUUAUACGCAGUACCUUAGAGUGUAUGAAAUCUGUAGCAGUGAUUGUGACACGAACAAACUAGCAAGGAAAGGUUUUUAAUGGGCAAGUUCAGCCAGCUAACCGCAAGUCCCACGUGUCUCAUGAAUUUCUUUCUUUGCUGUUAAUAACUCUUAACCACGCGUAGCCUUAAGCGGAUGCUUCCUUGUGGAUCUGUGCCCAUUGGGGUCCACCACAUCUUUCCUCUCGUUCAUCAGUGUCACUGGGCACAUAUGUCCACAUCCCCACAGCCCAGCCAUUCCUGUAUACAUUCAGUGUGAGGUAUGUGUGACCAUUGUUGCGUUUUCUGUCCUGUUUGGGUGUCCCUCUAAGGCCCCAUGAUCUUACUUUUACUUGGGACCUCCUUUUGACUUAUUGUGAUGUUUGGUCUUCCUAAGCAUUAUCUUGGCUUUGGGGCUUUAUUCAUGAAAAAUGUUUUGUUUUUAUCAGUAUGAACAGUGGACUACCUGAAAAAAUGUUUUUAAAAAAUCACUGUUAUUAUUGCUAUUCCACAGCAUCUAUCUUGGAGAUACUUUCCUAGGUGCAGAAGUACAAUUUCUGCUUAACGUAGCUGCCAUUCAAACAAGUGAUGUUCAAAGAAUUUACUAAAGUGAUGAAACCAAAGAAAGCAUGUGGAAAAGCAAGAGGCUUAAAAACUGUUGCAUACUAAAUGGACUUCCUAGUUUUUCUUUAUCAUUGAAAUCUUAGUGUUUAUUGUUAAUAUUUUAAUUCCAUGGCUCUCAGACUAUGCUUUAGGCCCUAAGCAACUUAGCAGGUGACACCUAGGGAAGAGUGAGGCCCCUAUAAAGUCCCCUCAACUGCAACAACUUCACCUGUUUUACAUAUUGGGACUCCAUGUUAACAUUUCACUUAAGAUGCAUACCAGUGCUUUAAGAAGAGGAAAAGUAACAUGAAAUAAUGCCAUUUUGAUAGAUUAUAAAGAUUUGUAUUGAAAUGAAGUGUUAGAUUUAACUUUGUGAAAUUUAAUUUAACUCUAAUUAUAAAUGUUAACCUUUGAAAAACCAAUGUUGUCACACUGACUUUUUAAUUUUUUUAUGUCAAUACCUGGGCAUAUUAAAAUUUCAAUUACUUGUU